AUGUCAAUGUUAGGUGGAGAUUGCUCUGCUUCAAACACAAAAAUACCAUAUGCAGUAAAUACUCUUGCAGUGGACAGUGAAGCAAAGCCCAAUCUAAACAAAACAGAAAAUUGGCUGAAGACAGUUGAAGACUUGAAGGCACAGGCUAGUGGCCCAAAGAAACAGCCUGUUGUCCUUGAAAUUUGUGAUGAUGAGGAUGCAUGCAUUUGGUGUGAUGAUGAUGAGAAGCCUUCUCUGAAAUCAAAUGCCUUGGGCAGUGGCGAACCAGGGAGUGAACCGAGCCAACUUACGGGGUUGUAUGAAUGGUUUUUCCGUGGUAAUAAACUAAUGCUCUCUUCUGGAAUGAAGAAAUACCUGAGAGAGCUCUGUGGUUGUGUACCGCCAGAGAUCCCAUUCUAUAUAUAUCAAAUGAAUAAAUCGAACUUGAAGAGUAGGGGGAAGAUGCGGCUCUCUGCAAAGUACAUCUCUAAGCCCUUGCUUUCUUGCCUGCACAAUGGGGCGGGCUAUACUCAUUUUGAACUCGAUGGGGAAUAUCGUGGUACUGUUAGAGUGAAACUUAACCCAGAUGGCCGUGCGAGUCUCACAUCAGGCUGGGAAAAUGUGGUUGCAGAUAAGGAUAUUAAAGUUGGUGACAUAUGCGCCUUCCACUUUAAGAUUUCUGAUGAUUCUCUUAAGCUGUCUGUCUAUGUGUUCCAUCCGGGCUGUAAAAGCUAUGCCAGUGGAAUGGGAAGCGCAGGUAACAUUUCUUUUUACCUCUUCAUGGAUAAUCCAUUAUCGGUGUGCCCUGGUAGACCCCUUAAAAUUUUAUCUACUUCACACUAUUUUGUUCCAGAUUUUGCUUGUCAAGCAAGAGAGAGGGAGGUAGCCCGAGAAGCUAGAGAAUAUCAUUGCCGGAUCAUGGUCUUAACCGGUGGUGAUAUCCCUCUUAUCACUGUCGGGAUUCCCUUGCUUUGUUCAUCUCAGGUGGAGGUGGGCGUGGGGCUGAGCCCGCGGGAGAAGCUCGAGACGAAGCUGGAGAUCCUGCGGCGGUGGAUGCGUGAGGCGGCCAUGUCGCCGGCGGAGGAGGCCACCGUGCUCGCCGAGGUGCUCUGGGGUGCCACGCAGUAG